UCUCUCUCUCCCUCGUCGAUUACUCCCUCCUCUCUGUAGAAACUGUUGCCCUGUGAAUGAAGCGGUAUCAAUGGCGAAGUCUUUGUCCAACGUUAAAAGCAUGUCCCUUUGCAUAUACAACGCAAUGGUUCGGAGAGGAUACAGGGCCGCAGCCAAUGAGGCGGAGGCCAAAGCGGUGAGAGAUGGGGAACGGAAGGGGACAAGAGGGAGCCGAGAGAAGCCGUCGUCAUGGGCACCUGACCCAAAGACUGGAUACUAUCGACCCGAUCCCUCCGCCAACGAGCUCGUCGAUGCAGCCGAGCUUCGUGCCUCGCUCUUGAACCAGAAGCACCACUAGACUUCAAUGUCCAAUCCUCAUUAUGUUUGUGUUUAAAGAUGAUAAGAUGCAUAACUAUAUAUGUGACAUUUCAUGUAAAGAUAAAGAUGGCCUUUUGUAUUGAUUCGAUCGGUGGAAUCUAUACUUUGCAUGAUUCAUCAUCAAGAUUCAAGACAGUACUUUUAAAUAAAGAAUGAGAAUUUCACAGCUGUGAUGCAAAUAUAUAUGUAUACAUAAAUUCUGAAGCUUGAAAUUGAUUCUCAGCAUCAAAUCCCACCGAUUGAAACUUUUCAUCCAAACCCAAGAGAGAUAAACAAUUGAUCCAUCAGAAUAUGAUCAGUUUCGAAGACGAAGCACAAGAAAUUGUUGUUGUUUUAAGUUUUGGAUGAACUCUGGGUAAUACACAAGCAUGCAUCAGCUGCAAUGGAUCAUUCGCUUUGGAUGACGAAUCAAA